AAUCACUUACUUACUUCACUCACUUACUUACGUCAAAGUAAAAAAAGAAAAAGACGAAACCGGAAAGAGCAUAUUUAUUGCGCUGUUUUCAUUAUGGAACCAAAUACGAUUUCUGCCGAAAAAGAAAAUCCCAGGGAGUCAUUGAACCCCGAGGAUGGCUCCAUAUCGACUGGCCAACCGGCGGCUACAUCAACACCAACUAAUAUGGUUCGCAAGAGUUCGAGAAUUAUAGACCUGCACCGGGAAUCCGAGGAGUCAGAUCUGCGUAAUUCAUCAAUGGUAGGACGAAUACCACCAACAUUGGGACAUGUUAGGGGGCGUAAAACGAUUCGAGCUCCCGCAACACCCGAGAAGGCUCUUUCAACCCGGAGUAGCCCGAGGAUGCCGAAAACACCGAUAUCCGUGGGGCAGCCGAAGACCCCAAGGAGCGCAAGCACGUCCUUGUCGGGGCGGAUUGCAAAGACCUAUGGCAAUAUUAAGGGCCGUAAGGGUAUACGUGCUCCUAGUACCCCUAAAAUGGAGCCUCAGUCUUCACCAGUAACCCCGAAGAGUGUCGAACCGGCGAAGACGCCAAAGAUAACGCGUGCAGCAAAAAUGUCGACAAAGAAUUCAACAACUGUUGACAUAUCAAUCGCAAAUGACUCCCCAAUGGGUUCAACAAUGGGUUCACCAAAAACACCCAAAAUGUCACCGAUCGGAUCGCCGAGAAAUUCACCAACCGAUUCUCCCAUUCAAUCGACCAAUAAUCUACCACCAAAGUCGGCAACUGAAUCACCAGCAACCCCAACUAUGGGUUCGUCAAGAAAGUCAUCCAUUGAAUCUCCGAAAUACUCCCCAAUAAUAUUACCAAAGACGUCGCCGAUUCAGUCGCCAUCAAACUCUCCAAUUAAACCAAUAGCCGCUUUGUUUACAGUAAACGUACCAUCAAUGAAAUCAUCGAUGGAUUUGCCCACAGAGGCACCAAUUGCAUUAGACUUGAUUCUAUCGACCGAUUCUCCAUUGGAAUCUCCAUUGAUUUUACAAGCGAAGGAAGCACUUGAAAUGCCAUCUAGUUCUCCGAAGCAAUCGUCAGGGAAGUCUUCAAUUGAAUCACCAAUGAUCUCUCCACCAGAGAUGAUGAAUCACCCAGAGAAGUCUCCCGGUUCCGAUGACCCUAAAGAGGAUUCCUCUGAAGUAGCCUCCUCCAGUGGCGCAUCGCCGGAAGUACGAGUUGGGAGUAAGCGGGGCCUAGCAUCGAGUGAACUCAACUCGGAUGGUAUCGCAAACACCUCGGAACCAUCCCCAAAACGGGCUCGCCUUUAUGUUUUACAAGUCAACAUGGGAUCUCCCUUCUCCAUGACUCGCAUCAAGAAAAUCAGAAAGGUAUCAGUGGAUAUCGAGAUAUCAGGCAAUGAUGUGGAAGAAGGGUUGCCUGAAGCUCUUGCCGAACCAGAGGAGCCCGGGAUGGUGCUCCAGAUGGACGCCGAUAUGGAGCCGCAGAUGGAGCCAGAGAUGGAUCCCGAAAUUGAGCCCGAGGCGGAGCCUGAGAUGGUACCACGUAUGGAAAGCGGUGAAAUCAUCGAUACACCUGGUUCUCCUGAACCGACACCAAACACCUCCAUGAAAUGCAUUUUAAUGUAAAAACAACUUUGAGACUGCCAUCCCUUACACUUUCGUUUUAAGCUAUGAAUAAU